AUAUUGAACCUACAGUCCAAUUUCCAUCGUUGGGGAACUCAGGGUAUGAAUUGUGACUGUGACCAGCCCCUUAGUACCAGUUUCGUCCUCAUUCACUCUGAUCUCUAAAGCUAAUGCAUGCUCGUCCAAGAACCAUACCCUUCUUCGCAUCCCUCCUAGAUGAAUGCUCCUCGACUAAAUCCUUCCAAAAACUCAAACAAAUCCAUGCAAAAACCAUUCUCCUUGACAUUUCAAGCCACUCCUUCAUCAGAACCAAACUUCUUUCUGCCUACGCCUCAUGUUCCCAAAUGCGCGAAGCCCAUAUUCUCUUCUCUUUUGCUUCUCGCCAACCCACUUUCCUUUACAACUGCCUCAUCAGAGCCUACUCUUCUCUUAACCAGCUCUCUGAAUCCCUCUCCAUCUUUCACCAUAUGAUCAUUGCCCAAAAGCCCUUUGACAUUUCGACCUUGCCUCCCGUUCUCAAGUCUUGCGGUCAGUUAUCUCAUGUAACGCUGGGAAGACAGCUCCAUGGAGCUGUUUUGGUUAAUGGGUAUUCGUCGGAUUUGUCGAAUAACAAUUCUUUGAUUAGUAUGUAUGGGAAAUGUGGUGAAUUGGAGUGUGCGAGGAAAGUGUUUGAUGAAAUGCCUGUGAGAAGUUAUGUAUCGUGGUCUGCAGUGAUGACAGGGUAUGAGAAGGUUGGAAUGGCGUUUCAAGUGUUUGUUUUGUUUGAAAAAAUGGUGGGGAUGGGAAUGGAGGUUGAUGGGGUGACGUUGACUACGGUUUUGACAACAUGUAGUCGUGAGGGGAUGGUGGAAAAAGGGAAGGAGGUUUUUGAGACGAUGGAAGAGAGGUUUGGAGUGAAGCCUGGAUUGGAGCAUUAUACAUGUAUGGUGGAUAUGUUGGGGAAGGCGGGAUUGGUGGAGGAAGCUGAGGAGUUGGUGAUGAGGAUGGAGUUGGAGACGGAUGAGGCUUUGUGGAAUGCUUUGUUGGCAGCUUGUAAGAUUCAUGGGAAAGUGGAGGUGGCUGAAAGGGUAGAGAGAAGAUUUGCGGGACGAGCUUGAAUGUAGCUUUCUGAAUUAUCCUUUUUGUGUUGGUUGCCAGCUUGGCCUGAGAUGGCAUUUCAAUUGCCGAAGAAGCUAUGCUUUUAUGCAGAAUUUACACAUUGAAGCUUGGUGUUGGAUACUGGCAAAUAACUUUCUAAAUCUACAUUUAAAAGUGCUUUCUCUCUCACUGGUAAUAUAAGUGCAAGGGAUGGUGUCAGUGGUUUCUAAAUAUACAGUUUUUAUUAAAAUUUUAAAUAGUAUGGCUUUCAUUUCUUUUUCAUAUUGUAUUGUGUUUAAAAUUAUCAGACCUAAAAUGAUUGAUCUCUGCUGAGAACUUGUAUGAGUUCAAUGAAUAUAAAUAAAUGGUUGCAAAACAACAUGCUCAAUGGUCCUUACUAGAGAAA